AGUCGGCGGUAGGUAAACUAUUACAAACAUUUUAAUUUAACUGAAUUAAGUACUAAGAGGCGGAUCAAAUUAAUACCGAAUUCACAAAUAGGUGGUCGCGUUUCAUGACACAUUUACAGCAACGUUUUAGGAAGUGUUUUUCGUUUUCACAAUAGCUUGCCGUCUUGAUAUUGCUGGAUUUGUAAUGGACAUUGGCAUGUGUCAUGCCCAAUCUGAGCGGAUUUCUAGUGUCUGUGAAGAGUGUGUGUACUCCUAAUCCUCCUAGAUUAACUACUAGGCUACAUAAACCUUACUGCAGGCGUUAACCGGAGUUAAACAGCGAUAUUUACGAAGUGGUAAAAUCAGUAAUUGCUAGCUUUACAACCACAACCAUGUUCAAGUGUAUUUUCAGACCAGCAGUGAUUCUGCAGUUAGCUAUUAUUUGUAUGCUAAUUAUGAGCAUUCAGAUCGUCUCUUCCUGUGAUAUCUUCACGUUUCUGAGAAUGGGGAAUUUUACAUCCUCCACAUCUCUGUCCAGCACAUCCUGUGCACAGUAUGUUCGGGAAAUGGUGUCUCAGAACUGUGUUGUAAUAUUUUCCAAGACCACCUGUCCUUAUUGCAAAAUGGCCAAAAAUGUGUUCAAUGAAAUUGGUGCGACCUACAAAGUGAUUGAACUGGACGAGCACAAUGACGGGAGGAGACUACAAGAGGCCUUGGCUCAGAUCACCGGCGCCAGAACGGUGCCGAGAGUCUUCAUUAAUGGAAACUGCAUUGGAGGUGGCUCUGAUACCAAACAACUCCAUCAACAGGGGAGGUUGCUGCCCCUGAUCCAACAGUGUGCCCCGUGCUGUGUGGCCAGCUCCGACGGCUCGGGCAGCGGGCAGUUUGAGGCCGCUAAAUGACUAACCGUUCUUGUAGUUUUUGUCAAUCCUGUAUUCAACAAGUGUUUGCUUGAUCUUGUGCUACAAGUUGAACAUUGCUUGAGCAUGUCUGUUAUUUAUUUAUCAAAGUGCAUUGGAUACUUGAUGUUGGGCUACAUACAUUUCCAUCCAGUGAUGUAAACUAUUACUAUUAUUGUUAUUAUUAUUAUUAAAGCUGCCAUCUUUUAAACAAAACCUGUUAAUAGUGGAACUACUUUUCAUUUGCUUGGUUGUAUUAUUGAACAAUAUUACAGUCAUAAAAAAGCACAAUCUCUCAGAAUUAAACAUCAUCAAACUGUGAACAUCGUAGGAUUGUAAAUCCUCUCUGAGUGUAUCUGCGGUCAUUGUUUAUAUGAUUUAGGAUUUAAAGGAUUACAGCUACUUCUAAGAUCUGCACAUUUCAUUAUGCACAUUUAUUUAAAAAUUGCACAUUGUUUAGAAAUAUAUAUAUUUGCAGAGGAUACUGUGAAAAAAAGAAUCAUUUUGUAUUUUUUUUUUUUUUACUUCGUCUAAGCAUUUUCUAUGUCAAUGUAUCUAAUAUAUUAGCAUAAUCUGUCUCUGAAUUUCUUUAAUAUUAGUUAAAUAGUUGGUUUUACCAAGGUGUAUGAACAGCCUAAUGAAUCAUGAUACUGAUCAGUGAUAUAAUUACAAGAUUAAUGAGCGUAGGUACGUUUCUUAAUACCUUCGAAUGUGUUUUUAUAAUUAUUAAAAAAUAUGAAUGAAACUCCA